GUUUUUCAGUUAACAUAUAUGCAAGCGGUACUGUAGCUCUUAUGACAUUUUGAUGUCAUCUCUGAUGUGUGAUCUACAUGACUUACAGAAGAGACACUUGGCAACAAACAUAAAAACUACCAGUAUUUGUUAAUCUGACCAUACAUGUAGCUUUCAGAACCAGGGGGUUUUUUGGGUACUCAAUGAAAAUAAAGGCAGUGGAGAGGUGAAACAAGCAGUAUUGCCUUCGUUUCUUCAGGCUGUCCACAGGCACGCAUGACUGGUCUUCAUUUUUCAAUAUGUAUUCAGAUAAUUCCAUCUCUCCUUGCAGUAAAAGUUUAGACUGAGUUGCUAUGACAAUUUGCAUUCAGUAGUAUACCAAACUCCAUUAUCUCAUGCUAGCCUGUGACUGCCCACCUGUUAACUAUGCAUUAAAAAAAUUGUUUGCUGUUUAAUCACACAUCUCUGAAAAUAAAUUGAGAGCACCAAGACAAUUGAUGUAAAAAUCCCAGUGUGAAUGCUUUCCACAAAAACUUUGAAGUUCUUCAGAAAUCUCUGGGCAAUUUUUUUUUCCAUGAGGUAUUCUCAGGAAAAAAACUUACCCUAUUCAACUCUGAAAAAAUUUUAUUUUAGGUGUACAUCAUAGUAACAAAGGUCAUUGCUUAAUUGCAGCUCCAUUUUCUGGGACAGAAGCUGGAAAACUGAUCAAAGUACAUGUUAAUUACACAGAAUGCUGUCAAAUUUUGAAGUGAAGAUACAGGACAUUCAAGAUGCUGCAAAAAGAAUUGAGCCAUAUGUACACAAAACGCCAGUGAUGACAUCCUCAACUCUUGACAGAAUGGCUGGCAGAGCAGUUCAUUUUAAGUGUGAAAUCUUCCAAAAAAUAGGAGCUUUCAAGGUAAAUGUCUUCCUAUGUAAAAGACUUUUAAGUAGGACAUUGAAAUGUAAUCUAACGAGUAACAUCUUUUCCACUUAUUUUGAAAGUAUCCUAAUAAUUAUAUUUUGAAGUUGCUCAGGAAGGAGAGAUGAAGGAAAUGACUCUAAUCUAUGGAUUUACAUAAUUCCCCUUUAUGAAGAGGUUAGGUCAUCCAAUUUUGGCUAUUGGUCAGUCCAGAGACUAUCAGGAUACAAGCUUAGAACUAUGCAAGAGUUUGCACAGGGCUCAAAUCUCAAGUUUGCUCAAAAAUGGUGUAAAAGAAUAUUUUUGAAAAAACCUCAGACCUUUGACCCUCAAAAAACUUGACCCCCUUAAUAUUAUACCCAGGAUAUCUUGAAAAUUCAGACCCCCUUAAACUUAUAUCAGGGAUAUCUUGAAAACUCAGACCCCCCAAAAGAAUCAUACCCGAGAUAUAAUGAAAACUCAGACACCCCUAAAAAUUCAUACCCCUUGUUACCUCAAAAAGCCCCAGACCCUAAAAAUCAUAUAUUUUUAUGUCUUUAAGACUCAGACCCACUCAUUUUGAAUAAUUUGUGAGAUUUCAAUACUAAGUAAUUUCAGGGAUUUAAAUCACAACAUAUAAUAGAGCCAUUAUGUGCAUCUCAUAAGUACAUGUAAGUUAUCUUUGAUCUCUUCAAGUGUUAGGAAAUAAGGAUUCAGUUUGUGAAUUAAAACAAAUUUGCAAACGUUUUCAAAGAAUAAGGUACAUUUGGGAGAAAUGUGUGUUGCCUGAUACUUUUCACAACACAGUGACCAAAUUCUCCCAUUUGAAGUCUUCAUCAUAAGAUUAACAGUGUCAAGAAUUUCACUAUGGCAAUGUCAUGCAAUAAAACCAAACAAUUUGAUACUUACAACUAAAGGUUGGUGUAAUAUACAAAUAGGAGAAAAUAGCAAAUGACUGUGGGACCUGGAGGAGAUAGUUCUAAUAUCUCAAGAAAUUGUCUAACAAAGAGUAUUUUUUUCAGAUUAGAGGGGCAAUGAAUGCUGUUAUUCAGUUGUUGAAUUCUCUGCCUGAUGAUCAAAGACCUGUGCUGGUGACUCACAGUAGUGGAAACCAUGCUCAAGCAAUUGCUCUGUCAUCAAAAAUCAUGGGACUGCAGGCUUUUAUUGCUAUGCCAAUAAAUGCUCCCUCAGUUAAGAAGGCUGCAGUAAGAGAAUAUGGUGCAACUAUUGUUGACUGUGGUACAUCAGCUGAGGUACAUCAUUGGUAAAGAAAAGACAUGUAACUAGGAAUUAGGAAAAGAUUACAUUCAAUUAUGAAUGACACCCUACUAUCUCAGUUCCUUUCUUUACAUCUCCACUUCCAGGCAGAAAGAAAGACUCUGGGAAAAUAGAGUCAAUGCAAAUUUUCUGAAACAGAACAUUUGCAAUCCUAGGCUUUUUGAUUGUCAUUCUCAGAAAUAAUCAAAAUGCAUAGUUGAAAAUGUAAAUAAUUUAUUCGAAAGAAAAUAUCCACAGAAUGACCUAAGUAUGUUGUAAUUAAUGUGUAAUUGUACCAAUCAUUUUCCAGGAGUUUUAAAUCCUGAAUAAAAAGUUUUAACCCACUUAUCAGCUCACAUUUGUGGUAUGUCCUAACAAUUUUCUCCCAACUGGUAAACCAAACAAACAAGGACCAAAUGCAACAAUUAACUUUGUAUGCCUUUUUUCAGGACAGGGAAGCAACUUCUCAAAGAAUCCUUCGAGAGACUAGUAAUUCCUAUCUUAUACCUCCUUUUGAUCAUCCUCACAUUAUUGCUGGUCAGGGUACUCUUGGUCUGGAAAUAUUGGAACAGGUCUUUGUAGUAUUGAGCAGAUUUGUGAAAUUGUAAUUAAAGUUCUUUUGUAGUUAUAAGCAAUUGGUAGUUAUAAUUAUUUUCUAAUUACUGCCCUUCAUUUUUUUCUCACUAAUUAACCCUAUAUUUACUUGAUGUUAUUAAUGAUUAAGCUAAGCCCAGCAUGUACCUGCUUGUCAGUUUAUUUGUUUGUGUGUUUGAUUGGUGUUAAUUGAAAUUGACCAGGGAUUAAUUAUUUUCUAGCUGUGAUAUUUAAGGUCAACUUACCAGCCAUUUUUUUUUGGCAUUAUUUGUUUUGUUUUGCUCACUCAUGGUGUUGUUCAAGAUUAUUCCUAUUUGGUCCCUUUCUUUUAUGCAGUUUUCUACAAUGUAUUCAUUUGCUGGUAAACUUUCCAGAGCAGUGGGACUUAAUUUGCAAGCCGUCUGUCAAGAGGGCUACAAUGAAGUACAUUCAUGUGAACCAUUUUAAGAGGCUGGAGAAUUUGAUUGCAGGAUCUGUUCACUCUGUUCUCUUGAAAAUUAGUUUUUUUUUGGUUUUCUUUAAAUCAAAUUUAGCAAUCAUUCCUUGUCAGUGCUUCACUUGACUAGAGAGAUACUGGUAGCGGCUAGUAUAGACAUAAUAUGUCUACAUAUUAGUGUUGGAUACAACAGGGAAUGUUUUGGAAAUUGUGUGAUUUAGAUAAUCUCCCUUUCACUGCCUCUCUCUAAUAUCAAUCCCACAGCCACGGUACACUUCACACAAGACAGUCAGUAUACAACACAACUUUUCUAUGUAAAUCUACAGUACAGCUCAAAGAUAAGGAGACAUCACACACUAGUGCCAUACGCUUGUCUUACCUGUCUGAGUCUGUAAACAGACUAGUCUAAAAACAUGUUUAGAUGACAUGUAAAACAGUUAUGAAAAUGUCAAUGGAAACAGGUUUAUUUGGAAUCUGUUAUUCUUUCCUUUAAUGUUAAGAAUGAAAUGGUUCAUGAACAGUGAUCAGUUGCAGUAGACAUAAAAGGAGGAUCCUGAUGCAUUUUGAAAUCAACCUUCAUAUCAGCCUGGAUUUCAAAGAACAUUUCUGACACAUUUUGAAAACAACCCUGAUUUCUAGGCAACUCAAAAAACUACCUUGAUUUCAAUGCAACUUGAAAUUUUCACAGGUGACCAGACUAUGUGCGACUAUGAACAGUUCUCUCAAAAAAGUCUCUUGUCAUGCCAUUGGGGUAAUGCACUAAAGCACUGGAAUGAUUGCUAAAUUUGUUUUAAAGAAAACAAAAAACAAUUUAUUGUCAAGGGAACAGAGUGAACAGAUCCUGCAAUCAAGGUCUCCAACCUCUUAAAGUCAAUGUCUGGUCUUAGACUUGUUCUAUUUGUGUGAAUGCACAUAAUUUGGACCCCUUAUCUUUAAGCUUCACUGUACUCAAGAGCGAUCUCUUUAACUUAUGGUUUAUGUGGUCCAUAGGUGCCAAACUUGGAUGCAAUAAUUGUCCCAGUUGGUGGUGGUGGUAUGCUGAGUGGGAUUGCUAUAGCUGUCAAAGCAUUGAAGCCUGAUAUAAAAAUUUAUGCAGCUGAACCUGCAAAUGCUGAUGACUGUGCUAAGUCAUUUGCUGCAAAUGAAAGGAUUCCACUUCAAGGUAUGGUGUUUUGAGUUGUAGUCAAAACAGAUCCCAGACUGAAUCAAUGCUUGUGAUAUUUAUGAUUUGGAUUUGUUGGCUGAUGCUGUGAUAAGUGGAAUCCUACAUCCCCCAAGAGUGACAAGUUGUGUUGUCUAGCGAUAUUAGCUUCCCAAUGUUCUGUCAGAUAUUAAACUUUUCAUGCUUUUGAAUGAAAGAUCCUCUAAAAAAAUUGAGCUUGCAUCUGCCCCAUUUAGUAAUAUUUUGGCAUGUAAGGGACUGCUUGCUUUUAGUAUACAGAUGUAAACAUUUUCGAAUACAGGAAUUUCGCCUAUUGAUAUUCACAUCUUAUUGGUCAAUUUCACACCCCAAUCCAUGCUUGUAAAGUGCAGAUCCAAAUGUAACAAGAGGGUAGUCUCCCAAUAAUCUCUUUCAUAGCUUUUGUUGAACGCAGCUAUGAGAGAAAUCCUAUAAUGUGAUUGAACAAUGGCUACCAAAAGCCAGAGCACAGAGAUCAAAUCAGCAUAAUUACUUGGAAAGUUGCAGGAAGGUGGCAAAAGCUGGAAGAAAAUAGCAAUAUCAUGCAUGGGCCAAAGGAGCAUUUUAAAGCAUUAGAAUAGCUAAGGAUUUCAAGAGUCAUUGACGUGUACAUGUAAUUAAUUCAGUGAUAAAAUAUAUAUGGACAAAAAAUUUUAAAAAAAUUAAGUUGAGGGUAUGGGUAUUUGUUUUUAAGCCUCUUUGUCAAUAUUAUUUACAUUCCUUUUUAUGGCAUGUUGUCAUUGGCAACACAGGCAUUCUAAGUUUAAUGGACCUGUAACCUACCAGGUGACACACUGUUAGGUUGUGCAACAGACUGUUGACAGUUUUUUUAGAUGCCAUCUGCAUUUAUUAUUCUGCAGAGUUGGAUAGUUACCAUACUUGUAUGUGAUUUUCUGGAAGCUUUGCUUUUGAGAUAAGAGCAACCUUGCAUUGCUGCAAUACAAGUAAUUACAAGUUCACAACCCUGUUUUAUCUCUAGUUUAAGUACUUAAUGCACAAGUUGGCCAUAGGUAUUCUUUGAUUUAACAGCUGCAUGAGGGGAAAAAUACUAACAGUCAACUAAGAGUGCUAAUCUGUGGGAAAUGAAAACAUGUUAAAUGUUAAGUCUCUACAACAAAAAAGAAUACCUCUUAUGCCUUGCUAAUGGCAUCUAGCAAUUCUUGGUGUUUUGAGGAUUCUUUGCCAUCAUUGUUAUUAUCUUGUCCAGAAAUCAAAUAUAAAGAUUAAUUGGGUUUAGGUUUUUUGGUGAAAUAGCUCUCUCCAGAGAAAUAGCUCUCUCCAGACGAGUAAUGUAUUUUUGGUCAGCCAAGUAAUGACAAUACAUUACAGAUUUACCAAUGAAAACAAUGAGCUUAAGCCCUCUGUGUCUUUACAGGCCCUCCUAGUACUAUAGCAGAUGGAUUGAGGACAAGUGUAGGCCAUGUAACAUGGCCAAUCAUUAAAGACAAAGUAACUGACGUCAUAACGGUCACAGAAGAAGAAAUCAUAACUGCAAUGAGGGUACUGUGGGAAAGAAUGAAGCUUCUUAUUGAGCCAUCAGCAGCUGUAGGUGUGGCAGCCAUUUUGUCAGAGAGAUUCAGAGCACUUCCUAACCUGAGGAAUGUUGCUGUAGUGUUGUGUGGUGGCAAUGUAGACCUCGAUAAUCUCCCUUGGAAGAAGUAACAACUGCAAUUCAGUUUUGGGAAGAAAUGCAAACAAAUAAAUUAGGGACUACAAAGUAACCUGCACUGGAGGUGUUUUUUCAGGACAAGUUAACAUUUAGAAGCUGGUUUAUACAACUACCCAUGUUUGAUAUGGCAUUAGAGUCCACCUUAAGGGAAGGAAGCAGAGAAAGGCAAAAUAUUAGUUAUCCCAUCCCCUCCCCUCUCUCUCUCUUUUUGACUGUUGCUCACCCCCUCCCUCCAUAAAGCAAAUUUCUUUCUCUCCCCAGCCUUCCUCUGCUGUAAAAAUCAAAGAUGGCAGCUAUAAUUUUUCACUUAGAUACUACUGAGUACUUGCCUGCCAAAAUUAUGCCUAAUCUUCAGGCCAACUACAAAGUUCAAUUUUCCUCUCAUGUGGAAUUGGUAACAUUGGUCUAGCAAGAUAUCAUGUAUUGAUGUAAAGCUGUAAUAUACCAGACAGUGAAAGGCCCCCCAUAGGAUGAUGCAUACAAAUGAGAUUGACUUGCAUAGCUGAUAAGAUUUUUCAAAGUAUGUCUAAUGUGUAAUAAAAAAAGUUACAUGGCAAAUAAAUUGAUACA